AUGAAGUCACAGGAUCUCGAGCUGUAACAUUUCUGUCCAGUGAAUGAUUAAAGGUUACCGCCAAGGAACAAUUUGUGUUACGAAAAUGGACUCGAUUUAUGGCGCGUACAAUAAAAAUUCGUCGGAUAAAAUUAAUCUUAAGACGUAUUUUGACGAGUAUGCAAAUGAGAUCGAGCCGAAAGAUUCCUUGAAGGCUGAGGAAAGUGACGAUGCUCUGCUUCUCAGUUGUAUGGGAGUUAACCUCAAAGAAGAGCAAUUUUCAAUACUGGCACAAUAUUGCAGCGUGGAUCAUUUAACUGUCCCCGAUGAAAUACCAAGAUGCAGUGAUUCCAGAAACAUGCGACGAAAAGAAGUGUACGAUUUUAAAACAGUCCCCGAAGGGACUCAGUUACAAACACUGUUGAAUUUAAAGAGGCGGCUAAGAGGGAAACAGAAAGUCGUGCGUAACUCCCGGUUUCGAAAUGAGAUAUUAGUGAGAUACGAUGACGUGAAACGCAUUGGCCAGUUAGCAAUACCAGGACAAGACAUAAUAGUUUAUAUACGAAUCUAUAAUCCGUUUUUUCAUCGGAACCAUUAUACCAACUUCGAUCAAUUAUCAAGGAAAUCGCUGAAUUGUGUAAUUGCCAUUCUUGGGUCGCAAACCUUGACACAGUUAAGAGAUAAAAUAACGUGUUCUUCCGAUGGUAUAAUUUGCACCGAUGUAAGUGCCGGUCCUAAGGGAUGUAGCAUGUUGCUUGCCAAGGAUGUGUACAAAUCAGGAUUCUUUUACAUCGAGGGUACAUUUUUCAACGACUUCCGUGCCCCAGGCAAUAAAGAUUACAGCCAGGUUAUAAGGGAAUGGGGUGAGACUAGAAAUUUGGGUCCAUUCGACACUGCUUCGAUGGAGAGUACUCGGAUAGACUCUAUUUCCACGAGGUUUGGGUAUCCUUGGGUCUAUCAACAUCAAGGAUCCUGUGAACACUUAAUCGUGUUUAGUGAUGCGAGAUUAAUAAGUUCAAAGGAUGAUUUGGCGAUCUCCUGUUACCCAAGGAUACACAAAAUAAAGCAAAGAUUGACGAGGUACUGCAUGAUGUGUGGCGUGUUCGCAGUUCAAUGGUUUACCACAGAACAUAGCAGAUUACCACACAAUCCUUGCUUUUUUUGUGACACGUGUUUUAAAUCGUAUAAUUAUAUAAAUGGCGAAAAAGUUGGUACAUUUAAAGCUUAUCCUUAUCCUGGCAAUGCUGCGGUUGAACAGUAAUUAAAAAUGAAGAAUCAUUUGCUUGUACCAUUAGACGGUUGGAUUAAGAUAUUUUAAUUUUAGAAAGUUAAAGGUAUAUUUAUAGCAAAUGUUAAAAAGUCAGAUG